AUGAAAGAAAGGAAAGCAGAAAGGAUUCUGAGCACUGUGUUUAGAGAUUGGUCAUCCAUGACCAAUUACGAGCAUAGUGGAGGAGGUAUAAUUUGGUUACUUUGGAGAGACACGGUUCGCAUGACUCCGGUCUACAAGUCUGACCAGCUUAUCACUUGUUCGGUGGCGCUGCAGAAUGAAGAAGAUUUUAUGUGUUCGUUUGUUUAUGCAAGUAACCAGGCAGAUGAAAGGAAAGGGUUGUGGGAGGAUCUAUGUCACCAUCAUGAUUCUCCAUUGUUUCAAGGCAAAGCUUGGAUAAUUAUGGGAGAUUUUAACGAGAUUCUCGAUGGUAGAGAACACUCGGGAGUAGACAGUUUGGUGAGAUGGCCAUCGGACUCAGAGAAGAUCAGACGGCCUUUCAAAUAUGUCAAUGCCAUAGGAAAGCUCCCAAACUUUUUGCCCAUGGUAAAGGAGUACUGGGAGUCUACUGAGAAAUUGUUUCUUUCUACCUCUGCCAUGUACCGCUUCUCGAAGAAACUAAAGAAUCUGAAGCCGUUGAUACAAGAGAUAGGAAGAGAGAAGUUACGAAACUUAACUGUUAGAGAAAAGGAGGCUCACAACAUUCUUUGUGAAAAGCAGAGGAACACAGUAGCUAAUCCCACCACGAGUGCAAUCCACGAGAAAGUUGUAGCUUACGAUAAGUGGCUACAUGUAGCAGAAUUGGAGGAAAAUUUCCUGAAACAGAGAUUAAAGCUACACUGGUUGGAUGUGGGCGACCAAAAUAAUAAGACUUUCCACAACUCGAUCAGAACUAGACAAGCGCAGAACACCAUGAGAGAGAUCAGAUGUCGGGAUGGAAGCACUGCUACCUCACAUAUGGCGAUCAAGACAGAGGCAGAGAGCUUCUUCUCAGAGGUCCUCAACCUGGUCCCAACAAACUUUAUAGGCGUUUCAGUAGAGGAACUGAGGGAUCUUCUGGAUUUUGAAUGCACCACUGGAGAUUGUAGUCAGUUGCAAGCGGAAGACUUCACCAUUGCAGUUCAGUCAGUGUUUCAACUGGGCUUUCUCCCGAAAGGUAUUAACUCGACCAUUCUUGCUCUCAUUCCCAAAAAGGCUGUUGCACAAGAAAUGAUGGACUACAGGCCCAUUGUGUGUUGCAAUGUCCUUUACAAAGUGGUGUCAAAAAUCAUAGCCAACAGACUGAAGGUCAUUCUACCAAGGAUUAUUGCUGAAAACCAAUCUGCAUUUGUGAAAGGUAGACUGCUAAUGGAAAACGUUUUGCUGGCAUCAGAGGUCGUGAAGGACUAUCACAAAGAUUCGAUCUCUCCACGCUGUGCAAUGAAAGUUGAUAUUUCAAAGGCGUUUGAUUCAGUGGAGUGGUCAUUUCUGCUGAAUUGUCUACUUGCUAUGGGAUUCCCGGAGAGAUUCAUACACUGGAUCAGGUUAUGUAUCACCACAGCCUCUUAUUUAGUACAAGUUAAUGGAGAAUUAGCUGGCUAUUUCCAGAGUACUAGAGGUCUGAGACAGGGGUGUUACCUUUUGCCGUAUCUCUUUGUGAUAUGUAAGAACGUUCUAUCGUAUAAAAUAGAUCAAUCUGCGAGGGAGAAGAGAUUCAGAUUGCAUCCCCGGUAUCAAUCCUUGGCUCUCACGCAUCUUUGUUUUGCUGAUGACUUGAUGGUUUUUGUGGAGGGUUCAAAAGAGUCAAUUGAAGGUGCUCUGGCUGUUUUGAGGAUUUUGCAGUUUGGUCGGGGCUCUCCAUAA